AUGUCUACCAUGAAGUUCAUCAAAAUUGUUCCCAAAAAGCUAUUCAAGUUCAAGAAAUCACGCUCCGUUUCCAGAUCCGAGACCGACCCGUCUUCCUUCAGCUUCCAAACCACGUCGUCUUCCUCCGAUGAAUCACAAUCUGGCAUCAAGAAGCCGAUCGACGGAUUAGAAACGCCGACCAGCGUUCUGCCUUGUUUAUCCUCCAGCGAGUCGUCCGAAAUCUCUGCCGACGUUUACUUUGAACUAAAACAAGCCUUUGAAAUGAUAGACAGGGAAGGGUCUGGAAAAGUGAAGAAAGAGGAGCUGAAAACUUUGUUGAGUUGCAUUGGCGCCGAGCCGCCGAGCCAAGAGGAGCUGACUAUGAUGUUAAACGAAGUGGACAGAGACGGCGAUGGAUGUAUCAGCUUGGAAGAGUUCUACGCGAUCGGCUCGGCUUUUGGGCCGCAUGCUUGGGAAGCCGAGCUGAAGGAGACGUUUGACUUCUUUGACUCCGAUCGUGAUGGGAAGAUAGCGGCGGAGGAAUUGCUUAAUGUUUUCAAAACUAUUGGGGACUCGCAGUGCACGUUAGAGGACUGCCGGCGCAUGAUAAGAGGCGCAGAUAGGAAUGGGGACGGGUUUGUAUGUUUCGAGGAUUUCCGGCGUUUGAUGGCCCAACAAAGAUGA